AUGACGACUACUAUUCAAUACGGUUCAGAAACCGAUGACGUUUUCAUACAUGAAUCAUUAAGCCAGUCGCCUUCUGAUGGUUUACUUGGAUUACCACCGUCUCCUCCUCCGCCGCCGCCUGUUCCGCCUAUAUUUAAUAAUAAUAAUAUGAUUAACAAUUAUAAAAUAUCACUUCCACAUCAAGAAGUUAAUCUUGUUAUUAAUCGAGCAAAUAUAACUGAAAUACAAGCCCGUUCUAUUCCAUCUAUGCUUAUGUCAGGUAAUAAUAUUUGGACACGACGUAUUUUACCAAAUCUUCGUAUAAAACAAACUGUAUUUGAUCAACAUUUUGGUGAUUCAACAUCUUUAUUAUCAUCUCGUUAUCGACGAGCAAGUGUAUCAACAAGUCCUAUAGGUGGUAUUAAUGACGAAGGAUUAUUAUCAUUUGUUUUACUGGAUGCAACAUCGAAAAUGCUCUAUGAUGUACCAAUGCGUCAUUUACUUCAAUUAGUGAAAAAAGAUUAUGAUGAUGAUGCUAGUAUUGAUCAUGUUAUUCGAGCUAUUGAUGAAACACAUAUGAAAUCUGAAUGGCUUGAUGCAGUUACUGCUUUGAAUAAACAAUUUGAUAAACGACCCGAAGAUAAAGCACGAGUAUUAGCACAUCAAGGUUCAACACAUGGUUUAGUUCUUAUAGAACAAUUUUUUGUUAAACUUGUUCGUGUACCAGCUUAUGAAUUUAAAUUAAUCUAUUUAAAAUUUCGUGAAGAAGCACCAACACAACUUGAACGUAUGAAUAAACAUAUAAAUGAUCUUCUUGAAUGUAUACAAGUUAUAUUAAAUAAUGAACAAUUACCAGGUAUACUUCAUUUAUUAUGUUUACUUUAUAAUAGUAUUGCCGGUAAAACAAUACCUGGUCUUCAUUUUGAUUCAAUUUUAUCUGUUUUAUCAACACGUACAUUGAAACAAAAUACAACAAUAUCACAUUUACUUUGUCAAUUAUUUGAAGAACAAUAUCCAGCAUUAUUAAAUAUAUUUGAUAAUCAAAUUUUAUUAAAACUAAAAGAUCUUUCAUCAAUAAAAUAUAUUCCAAUUUAUGUUGAUAUUCGUUUAUUAUAUACACGUUAUAAACAAUUAAAUAAUUCAUUGAAUAAAUUUGAAGAUGAAUUAAUUUUUUUACCUGAACAUAUUAAAACAACACUUAAUGAUUUAGAAAUUUUAUUUACAAAAUUAUUUGAUUAUGAACAACAAAUAAAAAAUGGUGAAAAAGAUUUAUCAAAUUAUUUUUGUUUACGAGAUUUAUCACUUGAAACUUGUUUAACAACACUUGGGCAAUUUAUUGAUAAACUUCGUCUUUCACAUAUGCAAAAUCUUGAACAACGUCGCCGAAAUCAAUUAUUACCGAAACAACAACAACAACGAAUUUCACAAACACCAUCACGUUCAUUACGUAAUAUACCGAAUUCAUAUUGUACCGACACAAAUAUAUUUCGUGAUCAUUUAAAUGUUCCAUUAACACCAAUAACAUCUCGACAACGUUGUAAAAUAAAUCGAAUAUCACGAGAUCGUUUUUCAUCAUCACGAGAUAUUGCUUAUGAUGAACAACAAGAACAAACUAUUCAAAAUUUAUUAUCAAAUACUGCACCACCACGAAAACGUGGCCAUUCACCAACAGUUAAAAAUGUGCUUACUAAACGACCAUUUAAUAUACUUGAAACAUGUACAAAAAAUAAAUUACAAGAAGAAACAAAUGAUGUUUUUAUUUCGACAACACCUGAAGAUACAACAAUGGAUUGUUCAAUAACUGAAUCUACAAUUGUACCAACACCAAAUGCUGUAUCAGUUUGUGAAAACCAAUCAACAUAUUAUGUAUCAACACCAAUGCGACAUUUAGCUGAUUUUUCAAAUGAUCAAUUAUCACCGAAAACUAAUAAAUAUGAACAUAUAGAAAAAGAAGUUGAUAAGGAAAAUAAAUCUUCAACACAAAGUACAUCGGAGCUAUCCGAUGAUAUUUAUCCGUUAUCAAAUUUUGCUAAUGGAGACAUUAUAUCACCAGUAUUAUUAUCUGAUUCUGUAACAUUGGAUGAAGAUAUUGAAAGUCAAACACAUAUUAGUGAGUCCGUUAAUUCUACUGAUCAACAAACAUAUAAAACCCAGACUUCUAAUUAUCCACGAUCAUUAAAUUCUAACAAGUUUUCAAAUAAUGAUACAAUCGAUCAAGAGAAAACUAAGGCAAUCAUGAAGCGAGCAUCAUCUAUGAAGAGUCUACGAUCACCACCAACAACAAACAAUGUAUUUAGUCGAAAUAUACAACGUUGUGGAGUAUCUCGACAACUUUCAAAUGAAAAAGAUACAGAAGAUAUUCAAACAUUUUCUCCAAGUGCAUUAAUACAAACAACAGUAAAUCGUCGUAUACCAUCAAAUAAACCUAAAAAUACGAUUCGUAAAGUUCCUUCCAUAACUAUAUCUCCAGCUACACAGCCAUUACGUGCAUUUCAAAUGUCAAGCACUUUUACUACUAAUGAAGCAUCAAAACUCACACGAAAAUCAACUUGUUCAUCACAAAAUCAUCGUUUAACAGUACAGAAAACAUUUGCUAGUAGAACAAUAUUAACUAAUGUUCUACCAUCAUCGACUUUAAUUACUAAUCAUAAAAAUAAUUAA